CAAACGGUGUCUGAUUUUUCCUACAAACAGGGUGAAUUGCCCCUGAAUGCCAUCCAAAUACAGUUUGAAGAAAACCAGAAGACUGCUUUUUUAAUAGAAGGCCGACUAAUCAACUCCAUUCGGGUCAUUUGCUCCAGCUAUGAAGAUUACCAAGAGUGGUUGUAUUAUCUCAAAACCGCUCAGUUCCGCCACGCAGAUUCCUCCCUCUCAGGAUCAGAGAGUUUCUCAGGGUUAAAACCUUCGCACCUGGCGCAGUUUUCAGGAAGUGGAAGAGGGUCACUCACCUCAGAGGGCAGAACAAACUCCUGGGCUUCCGCCGGGAAGGGGGCUACAUCCACACACCACUCCCAAACCAGUACGGCUUCUUGGUCUGAGAGGCAGUCGUUCGAUGCGGUGCCUGAGAAUCGGUUAGCUGAAAACCCUCUGCCACAACCAGUCUGCUGCCCAGGAAACCGAGUCCUGGCAGGGACAGGAAUGCCGAAACCCGAGUUGAAAAGAAAAGGGAGCUCUCGAAAGUCCAAAGGGAAGGGCGGCCCACCAACUCAGCAGCCCCCGUGCCACAGCGAGGACUCUGAAAGGAGCCGCUUCCAACUCAUCUCAGAGCGCCCACAUGGAGAAGGCGUCUCUCCGGUGUACAAUGAACCAUACCCAGCCCCCAUCCAACAAGAGCAUCCUGCCAUUCGCCCACUGCAUCUGGACUUAAACAAUCUGAAACAGUGGAACACGCCAAGGAGCCAGACCUGCACAGCUCCUCAAACCUUGGAAAAUGCCUCUCUGUCUUCUUCCCCCAUGUAUGCUGACCCCUACACGCCCAGUUCCCCCUCCCCACAUGGAGCAGCAGGCUCCUACUUCCUAGAAGAGCUUGAGAGGUGCCAUGGGCCAUCCACUCUGGAGCACAAGAAUGGCUAUCCAGCCAUGCCGGUGUCUGUUCCCAUUUGUCAUCAUCCUCUCGGGUGGAAGAGCUUUCAACCUUUAUGUGGGAACCACUGGCGAGAACCCAUCCCUGCACAGAGAUGCAACGCCUCAGCCCCUGCCUUUCAUUUUGCCACAGAACCCUCAUCAGAUGUCAAUUAUUUGACCACGAGCACCUCAUCGAGAGAUGGCCUUCAGAUGCGUUCCUUGCCAACUUCAGAUGAAAGCCUUGGAGCCUACAACCUGCCCAAAACAGGACGGGAGCAGCUUGACUUGACCUAUCACGACUAUGCUGAGUUGCAAAGCUUCCAUGAGGACUACAGUUAUGACAACAUCUGGGACACAGAGGCGAAGAAGCCAGGAGCACCCUCUGACCAUGAGGUCUAUGACUGCUAAAGGAGGGCGAUGUCAAUCCGUUGUAGCAGGAGGACUGAGAAGGGAAGAAAGGAAGCUCGACUCUGCUUUUAUGUUAGAUAAUGCGAAGAUUGGAUGGUGGACUUCUGGAAGGCUGUGAUCUUCUGGCUGUUUCUGGACACUUUGCCCCAUUCCUGUUCCUCCACUUUCGCUUGUGGUGCUAUGAAAAACUGUUCUGAGAAAAAGGUCUUGAAUUCUUCCACCCAGUCAUCUGUUGUGUAUAAACACGGAGAGGUAUCACUUGGACCCUGUUACCCUUGGUCAUUAUGAAGAAAACGCUGCAGCUGUCUGUGGGGUCAGAACCAGUCCAGACUUUUGUACUCCAUUUACAGAUCUUGCAAUUCACCAAAAAAAGCCCAACAACAACCAGAAGAAAACGAUCUGCUAACAAUAAUUCCCAGGUAUAAAUGCAAGGCUGGCUUUUAAAAGCUGCAAGGGAGAAGGACUGGAUCCGCUCUGGGCAGUAGAAAAUGGAUUUGUGUCUCUUGCAGGAUUAAGGAUUUGGAGACGCGAGAUGGCUUGUAGCAACUGGAGUGCAAUUUAAAAAACACCCCCCCCAAAGCAAACAACCAAAAGCCCCCCCUCCCCGCCACAAAAAAGGAGAUUUUUGCUAGCUAAAAGCACAGCUGUUAUGAAGGUUUGCCAAUAGAGACAGUGUUGCUGGUGAUUCUGACUUGGUAUAAUAUGAGGAUGGGAUGAUGGAUAUAUUCUUGGUGAGUUAUAUAGUAAACUCCCCAACCCUUAUGAGUGUGGUUGUGUGCACACAGACACGCACAGGAAUGACAGCCCGUUUUUACAUCCUUGACACUUUUUAAAGAAAGUGAGCCAAUCCUCUGCCUUUUGGCGUAUGUAAUAAAGAAGGGUGCUUUGGGUGGAGAAAUAUUUGCUUUGUGAAAGCUGGCUGGGGCUCGUUCCUGGGCGUCAAGCAUGCAGCACAGCAAAUGGUAUUCCCCGGGCCCAACUCAGCCUUGCCUGGCCUCAGGGAUGGUCACCCUCUCCUCUGCGGAUCCUUCUGUGAAACCCACCGUUUUGUCGGUCGCUAUUUUAAAAAAAUAAUGCUGCUUCCGAGUAAGUUUGAGAAGCAGCAGCAGAAAGCUUGCGUUUGGGCCCAUGUGCUGGGAGACAUGGUUGCAAGAACGGCAGAGGAGAGGUGAAGAACGGGUGGAGUGCUCCACCGAGAAUCAGGAGCAUUGCCCAGCGAAGUCUCUAGCAUCCCCACGCGUUACGUUGCUAUUAUUUAUUAUUCAUUGCUCUUAUAGACCACCAUUCCUUGAAGAAACAAGUUCGAUGCCAACGUCUUUUUCUCUUCAAAACAAUCUCAUCUGAUCGGUGGGGCGAUUCUAGCCCACGCCUUUGCUCGUCCUACCAUCCAGCUCUUUACGGUGUGGGCGCUGGGCCCGGAUAACCCCCCGUCUACUUUUGUUACUUGAAUUUAAUAUAUAAAAAUAUAUACUGCUCAACAGCCAGCAUUCAGCAAAGUUUACAGGGAGAGUUUUGCUGUUGGCUGGUCUGAUAUUCUAUUUAAUAUGCAGAUGUGUUUGAUUGGGGUAAGGGGAGGGGGAGGAAUUAAAAAAAAAAGCUAUUUAAUUCGGUAAUCCCGGCGGGUUUGACAUCAGCUGCUUCUUUACAGCUGUCUAGGGUUGGACUAAAGCAGGGUAGGGAGACGAUUGUGGCUGUCAUUUCGAUUCCAGGUUUCCUUUUUGUAUUUUUGAGGGGGGGGGGGGUCCGUGUGGGUCUGUGUGUGUUGGCUUUAACGUGAGAGCAGGCUGUAAAAUGAGAUCGGAUCUCGAAUCACGCGGCUCGGGUUACACUUGCAUUGCAGCAGUGUUAGGCGAUAUUUGGGAGCAAGUUUGAGUGCAUGGGAGUGUGGGUCUGUGUGCAAGGGGGAGGUGUAUAGCACUGACACUGUGGACUGUUCUUUUGGUGAUUUCUUUGAAGACCCCCAAUA